UUAAAUUGUAUUUUGUUACAUUCACUAAUUAAUAUGAUUUGCAAUUUUGAAUUGGAUUGAAAAUUUGAUCAUAAUCUUGGUUACAGGACAAAAAUUACAACCAAAUAUCAACUUAAUCUUGGUUAUUAAGCAAUGCCCUCAGGAGAAGUUUGUAAACAUGUUCCCAGCUCCAAAUUGUUAGGUGCUGUUUGUGUUGGUGCUGUGAGUGGGAUGGCAGCUUAUUUUGUCAUGACCAAGAUAAGGUGUAUAUGUAAACACGUCAGUGACAAAUGCGACAAUGAUGAUAAGGAUGACCACCCACGAAAGCUAAUUCCUCAGAUAUGUCAAGAAUUUCAUCGCAAAGGAUGGAUGACUGGUUCUGGGGGUGCAAUAAGCAUCAAACUAGGGAAUGAAAUCUUUGUGUCUCCAUCUGGUUUAUUGAAAGAAAGAGUCAAGGCUAGUUCAUUAUUUGUUUGUGACAUUCAAGGUACCUAUUUGGAUGGACCGCCAGCAAGGCUAAAUAUGAAGGAAAGUUCCUGCACUCCAAUGUUUAUGAAUGCCUAUCGGAAAAAAGGUGCAGGUGCUGUAUUUCACGUUCAUGCUCAGAAUGCAGUUAUGGUGACAUUGUUGUAUCCUGGAAAGGAAUUUAGAAUUGCUCAUCAGCAAAUGAUAAAAGCAAUUGUAAAUUGUGAAACAGGGAAAAAUUAUAGAUAUGACGAGGAGCUUGUUAUUCCAAUAGUUGAGAACGAAAAUGAAGAAAUAGAGAUAAAGGAUAGUAUUGUGGCAGCCAUGGAUGAAUAUCCGGAGACAUCAGCUGUCUUAGUCAGAAAUCAUGGAAUUUAUUUAUGGGCGAAAACCUGGGUUAAAGCUAAAAUAAUGUGCGAAGCUUACGACUAUAUAUUCGAAGUGGCUGUAAAAAUGAAGAGUAAUGGAUUAGAUCCUAUGAAGCAUACUACGAAGUAGUCGCGACAAAGUAUCCAAUUGCCGUCUAAAAGAUUAACUGAAGAAUUUUAGUUAAAAAAUAAAAGUUAUAAGUUAAGUUAAAAAAUAAAAUUGAAAAGAAUUGAAACAUCACGGGAAAGUCAGAGAGGGUUUUUCUACGUGCUCUACAUGUAUUUUAAUUAUU